AGUUUGGCUCAAGUCUCGGUUCAAAGAGAGGUAUGGCAUUCCUGUGUUGCUACUGCCCAUGAGCAAGGAGAGCAAAUCCUUGCCACAAGCGGCCUGACACUUUCACGCCGCUGUUGUGCUAAGCCAGCAGCGCCAUGGACUUAUCAUUCUUAGAUGCCCUUGGAGUGAAUUCAGCAAAGGCCGACGAUGUUAUACGUAGAACCGUGGUUUCCUUGAGAGCUAGCGGCGACAACAAGGACAACUUCCAGCAAGAAAGCAUCCAACUCAUCCAGGAGCUGUGGGCAGCCGAAGCCAUGCAUCAUGGCAGCGUGAAUGAGACCGUACAGAUCAUCGAAUGCAUCGUAAAGGCCCUUUUUGGGAAUCAAGUGUUGCCAGCUGUUUCAUGGUCAAGCAUUGCACAGGAGGCUGAAAUGUCGUUUGCGAAAAAGGGGAACCGCCUAAAGCGUCGAGCCGAUCGUCGCAACAACGGGAAUACCCAGGAGCAGCAGAAAAAACGGAACACGCUCUCUGAUGCAGCCGUCGCUCACGAUAGCUGGAUUAACGCGUCGGCAACUCUUGAUCCGGACACUUCGCAGGUGCCGUGCGCUUGUGAUAAGAUGGCUGCGCUGCGCGUGCCGCAGGGAGAUGUAGAGAAGGCGUUGCAAGCACUGGGUAAGAUGAAGCCAUGUUGGAAAUCGCUGAUGCUUCGGAUGACAGGGGCCAUCCGGAUGCGGAAAGGAGUGCAUACACCUGAUGACGAUCCCGACGGGGUUUUCAGGCUCAUAGUAUUGCCGCCCCCAUUAGAUCAGCAAGUCGCCGCAGCAAUGCAUGCUUCUGCAGCAAUGAAGGUUCCUCGCGAAGCUGGUGAGAGUGAGGACAUGGCAGCGGAGAAAACGACUGGGAAGAGAAACGGCCAUGGAUUCAUUUCUGGCCCAGCCUCGUCAUCUUUGCCACCAGAACUGUUCGCCCUUCUGGAAAGAGGCGUUGCGGUUUUUGAGCCAUCCAUCGAGCUUCCAUCCUUUCACACGUGCCCCCCCGCAGACCCUAGGUUGGCAGAGCUUGGAGCCCUACCUUUGCCAGCACACGAGGACACCGCCCAGGAUUCAAGUAGAUUUGGAAAUCAUCAGGACGGGAUCCACUGCUGCGGCUCUCUGCGGCCAUUUCGCUUUAUAGAGCUUUUUUCUGGCAUUGGCGGUUUCCGGGUAGCACUGGACGCAUUGGGGGGACAAUGUGUGUUCGCCUCUGACGUGCAUCCAACCGCCAGGGCUGUCUAUCGGGAGAAUUGGCCAAGGAAGUUGGAUGGAGGCAAGAACGAUAUUCUUUCUGGUGACAUCAGGUUAGUGCCAGCAGAGGCAGUACCCGAACACGACAUUCUAACAGCUGGUUUCCCAUGCCAGCCAUUUACAGGACUUGGGAAGCAACGCGGUGUCAAUGAACCAAAAGGCCAGUUGUUUCUUCACAUCUGCAGGAUUCUGCGCACCCGCCGUCCUCCCCUUGCAUUGCUGGAAAAUGUGACCGGGCUAACGAACACAGAUGAUGGGUGUGCCAUGCAAGCGGUGCUGGACGAAAUUAGGUCUUCUGGCUAUCGCGUGGCGUACCGUGUAUACGAUAGCCGCUACUUGGUGCCGCAAAAGCGGAAGCGUGUGUACAUUGUGGCCAUCAGGGCUGACUUGGAGGACGUUUGCAAUAAGUUUCGGUUCCCUUGGGUGCCAGACUUGGGGCGCUCUCUGGGUGAGGCACUAGAAAGGCCACUGCCAAGUGGGGAAGCUGAGCGCUUGGUGCUCUCAGAAGACCAAUGGAGCAGAAUAGCAGCUUCACAGCCUUUCCGUGAUAAUCCAAACAAUAUCCUGGCGCGUCUGGAUCUGCCGGCAAAUACUUUGAUAUCGUCAUAUGGCGAAUGUAAGACCAGCUCAAGGUUUUGCAGGUUGUCGCAAUUAGUACACCGUUGCGAGUGUCACCAGGAUCGAUUUGCCGCGGCCGACUCUCCACCAAGAUAUUUCAGUUCCCGAGAAUGUGCCCGAAUUCAGGGCUUCCCAGAAACGUUCUUGUAUUCUGCCUGUGAUGGACCGUACUCCUGGUAUCGCCUGAUUGGGAACGCUGUUUCGCCGCCAAUAGUUUGCGCACUGGCUGGAGCUUUGCUGUGCGCUCUACGCCACCAGGGCCAGCAAUGCACAAUGCCAGGAACUGCAUGUGCAGUGCGACUAGCGCUGGGCUCUGGAACUGAAGAGGCGAGAUCGCGGUUGCUCGAACUGGAUGUCGAAGGGCCAGGAUCUCUAGGACAAAUCAAGCUUCGGACGUUGCUGGACUCCCUUGAAGGAUGACAUGUGGAGCAGACAUGUGCAGAUCAACCUCAUUCGUGAGUUUUGUUGUGACUACGGCGCCAGUGGGAAGCAUCCUUAGGGCGUGCAACGGUGUUUAGCUGGAGCCAUUCCCGAAUCCAGCAAAACAUGUAGUACAACGUGCUCCUUUGCGUGAUGUGCGUUCGCACAGGCUUCUCGAGUAGCUUGGAUAUGUCUGCAGACAGUUGAUGUGCUUGGAUGUUUUGCGAGUGUGGGCCAUACCGCAAGGGAUCCUGGCGCUUGCGUCUAGGAACGUGUGCAGAAGCAGUUGGAUCUAGCAGCUGUGGGCGCAGCCCUAGGAGGGGGGUCCUGCCUCCUAGACCACCCAUGGAUCAUUGCCAAACGAAGGUGCAAGUGUGGGUGU